UCCAUGCCGGCAACAUGAUUUCGAAGAAAAUCUGAGAAGAAUAUCAACAUUCGAAGCAAAUGCAAAAGUCUGCUACAUAUCCAUGAGAGACGGACUACACUGAAAACAGCGAGAGAUGCGAAGCCAUAUCCAGACCCAUGAUGCAGCAAAGCCUCCACCAUCAACAGCAGCAACUUGCGGCUCUCCUCUCCGUAGCUCUUCAAAAAGACGAUUCCAUCCCUUCAACGACCACAACUGCUGCCGCCGCCGGAACCGGAAUUGGAACUUCCAGCGCAGCUUCAUCAACUUCCGCAGCGGAGGAUGAGGACUCGGCCCGACUCUCUGCCAUCAACUCGCUCCACCGCGCGAUUCUCUAUCCUCCCAACUCGCUUCUUGUCUCUCACUCUGCCUCUUUCCUCUCCCAAGGCUUAUCUCAAUUGCUCUCUGACAAGUCAUAUUCUGUGAGGCAAGCAACAGCAAUUGCAUAUGGGGCUCUCUGUGCUGUAGUGUGUUCAAUACCUAUGGCAUCAAAUGGAAGGCAAAACCAUUUCAUGCUUGGCAGUCUGGUGGAGAGGUUCAUUAAUUGGGCUUUGCCAUUGCUGAGGAAUAUCAGUUCUGGAGAUGGAACAAGAGAACUGGCACUGGAAGGCUUACGUGAGUUUCUCAGUGCUGGAGAUGUUGGCGGACUUGAGGGUUAUGCCCUGCCCAUCCUCAAAUCUUGCCAAGAACUUCUUGAGGACGAGAGAACCUCGUUGGGUUUGUUACACCGUCUUCUGGGUGUUCUAACUUUGAUAUCAUUGAAAUUCACUAGACUAUUUCAAUCUCACUUUCUCGAUAUUAUUGAUCUACUUCUGGGCUGGGCUUUGGUACCAGACCUUGCUGACUCAGAUAGACAUAUUAUUAUGGAUAGUUUCUUGCAAUUUCAGAAGCAUUGGGUAGGUCAUUUGCAGUUCUCACUGGGAUUGUUGACAAAGUUCUUGGGUGACAUGGAUGUGUUGCUUCAAGAUGGGAGUCAAGGCACCCCUCAACAAUUCCGAAGGUUACUUGCGUUACUUACUUGUUUUUCAACAGUUCUUCAGUCCACAGCUUCUGGUUUAUUGGAAAUAAAUAUGCUUGAAAAAAUAAGUGAAACUCUUUGCAACAUGGUUCCUAAGUUACUAGAAUGCUUGUCAGUGGUGGGACGGAGGUUUGGGUGGUCGAAAUGGAUUGAAGAUUCAUGGAAGUGCUUGACUCUUUUGGCAGAGAUAGUAGGUGAGAAAUUCUCUACCUUCUACCCACUCGCAGUUGAUGUCUUAUUUCAAAGUUUAGAAAUGGGAAAAACUCCACAUCCUUUAGAAGCUGGGAAGAUUACAUCCUAUCAGGUUCAUGGAGUCUUAAAGACCAACCUGCAGUUAUUAUCUCUGCAAAAGCUUGGCCUCCUUUCAUCAUCUGUGCCCAAAGUACUUUGUUUUGAUGCACCUAUAUCUCAAUUACGUAUGCAUCCAAAUCACCUAGUGACGGGGAGUUCUGCUGCCACUUAUGUUUUCUUUCUUCAACAUGGGAAGGAGGAAGUUGUCCAACAGGCAUUGACCGUGUUGAUCAAAGAGCUGGAGAUGUUGAAAGGCAUGCUUGAUAAAAUCAUGAGUUGUAGAGAUGAGGUUAAUAGUGUGAAUGGUUCCAGCUGCUAUUCAAAACUCGAGUUAUUUGCACUAAUUAAAUUUGAUUUGAAAGUGUUGUUAACUUGUCUUUCCCCUGGUAGGGCUAUUGAUUUGAUUGGCCAGCCAGGCAUAGCUGUGGUCCAUCUCGGAAGAUCAGAAUCAUUGGUGUCGUCUGUUGUUGAGAAACUGAAUCCUUUUGAUUUACCCAUCCAAAGUUGUGUGGAGUUGCAAGUCAACGUUGUCAAGACCCUGGAGAGGCUAACUACAGUAGAAUUCUUAAGCAAGUACUCUGUAAGAAGUCAAUUUAGCAAUGAAUGUUCUGUGGAUGCUGAUUCUCAAAGUUUCAAGGAUGCUGUGAUUGUUGAGCAUCUGAACAAGUACAGUGGGCUUUUUGUCAAAACUCUCCAUGUUUCUUCUCCUGUGGCAGUCAAAUUAGUAUCGCUAGAAUGGUUCCAAAGAUUCUGUGAGAAUCUUAUUGCCAUUUAUGAGAAUUCAGAUUCAAAUACUUAUUUCAAUGAAGCUUUUGGAUAUGCUGGUGUAGUUAAGAACAUAGCUUUCUCAGUUUUGAGUGCUGCAUCUGACAGGGAGCCGAAAGUAAGAUCUUCGGCUGCAUUAGUUUUGGAGCUGCUUCUGCAAGCUAGGCUCAUACAUCCCACAUAUUUUUACCCUGUUGCCGAAGUGGUCCUAGAAAAACUUGGGGAUCCUGAUAAUGAUGUAAAAAAAUCAUUUGUUAGGCUGCUGUCUGAUGUCUUACCCACUGCAAUAUAUGCAUGUGGACUAUACGAUUGUGGCAUACUUGCCACGUGCAGCCCCAGUGUUCUUACUUUAGGUAACAGUUCUAAUUUACAUUGGAAGCAGCUAUUUGCCCUGAAGCAAUUGCAUCAGCAACUCCACUCGCAGCAGCUUGUUUCUAUUUUGAGUUACCUUUCACAAAGUUGGAAGCUACCACUUUCUUCUUGGAUCCAACAACUGAUUUAUAGUUCUCGGCAUCCAAAAGACCUUGCUUCAGGUCAACCGGAGGAAACAGGGAAUUUUGGUGCCAGUGAUCUUUGGUUGGAUGUAAAAGUUGAAGAAGAUACUCUUGAAAAAAUAUGCUCGGUGAAUAAUUUGGCUGGUGCUUGGUGGGCUAUACAAGAAGCAGCUAGAUAUUGUAUUUCUACUCGCCUCCGGACUAAUCUUGGUGGACCUACCCAAACUUUUGCGGCACUGGAGAGAAUGCUGUUGGACAUUGCACAUGUGCUACAGCUUGAUAAUGAGCGAACUGAUGGAAACUUAACUAUAAUCGGUGCUUCAGGCACUCGCUUGUUGCCAAUGAGGUUGCUACUGCAUUUCGUUGAGGCUCUAAAGAAAAAUGUAUACAAUGCAUACGAGGGAUCUGCCAUCUUACCAUCAGCCUCUCAUCAAAGUUCCUUGUUCUUCCGGACGAACAAGAAAGUCUGUGAAGAAUGGUUUUCUCGUAUAUGUGAGCCAAUGAUGAAUGCUGGAUUGGCACUGCAUUGUUAUGAUGCUACAAUUCAAUAUUGUACCUUGCGUUUGCUGGAGCUCAAAAGUCUUGUGGGUUCAUCUUUGAAAGACAAGUCUAGGGCCCAGGUAGCUGAGAACCUUCACACUAUUAGAAAUAAAUUUUCUGGAGACAUCUUGAGGGUGUUACGCCACAUGGCAUUGGCUUUGUGUAAGAAUCAUGAACCUGAGGCUUUGAUUGGCCUGCAGAAAUGGGCUACAAUAACAUUUUCUUCCUUUCUUGUGGAUGAAAACUUUCCGACGAAUGACAAUGGAAGAUUGGGCCCUUUUGCAUGGAUCACGGGGCUUGUAUAUCAGGCAGAAGGUCAAUAUGAAAAGGCUGCUGCUCUGUUUGCUCGCUUGUUACAGAAUGAGGAGUCACUUAGUUAUCUGGGUUCUGAUGGUGUACAGUUUGCUAUUGGGCGGAUUAUUGAGAUGUAUUCAUCUGUUUCGGAUUGGAAGUCUUUAGAAUCGUGGCUAUUAGAGUUGCAAACUAUUCGUUCCAAGCAUGCUGGGAAGAGCUAUUCUGGUGCGCUAACCACAGCUGGACAUGAAAUUAAUUCAAUCCAUGCUUUGGCACGUUUUGAUGAGGGUGAUCUUCAAUCCUCAUGGGCAUACCUGGAUUUGACUCCUAAAUGUAGCAGUGAACUCACUCUUGAUCCCAAACUGGCAUUACAAAGAAGUGAGCAGAUGCUUUUGGAAGCAAUGCUUUUUCUUGUUGAGGGAAACAUAGAGAAGGUGCCCCAUGAGUUAGAGAAGGCCAAGUUGAUGCUGGAGGAAAUAUUGUCUGUUCUGCCAUUGGAUGGAUUUCCGGAGGCUGCAGGACCUGCCACCCAAUUGCACUGCAUCUUUGCAGUUGAAGAAGGCGACAAGCUGAAGUGCCACCUAGAGAAGCCAAGCCAACAUCAGUCAAUACUAGAUUCAUACGUCCUGUCAAUGCAGUCUUCAAUCAAUAGAGUUCAUCAAGAUUGUAAUCCGUGGUUAAAGGUUCUUCGGGUUUAUCGAACCAGUUUUCCAACUUCUACGGUUACUUUAAAGUUAUGUGUGAAUUUGUUGAGUUUAUCUCGUAAACAGGGAAACUUGAUGCUGGGAAACCGUAUAAUCAAAUAUCUCAGAGAUCAUUUAUUGAGUUGCACUGAUGAGAGAUACCGUAAUUUCCUAGCCUCAAAUCUGCAGUAUGAGGGGUGCCUGCUAAUGCAUGCUGAACAAAAUUUUGAAGAUGCUUUUACAAAUCUUUGGUCAUAUUUGCGUCCUUGCAUGAUUUCUUUGGAAUCUAUAGUUCCUGACACUGAUGAUAGUAUUCUUAAGGCCAAGGCAUGCUUGAAACUUGCAGACUGGCUGAGGCAAGAUUACCCAGAUUUAAGUUUGGAAGAUAUUGUCCUCAAGAUAUGGGCAGAUCAUAAUGUUGUUGAUAUUUCCACGUUUGGUGGCAUACCCGUACUUAAGGAUCAAAAUGCGAGCUCCAAACUAAGCAUUGAUGUUAUAAUCGAGGAAAUUGUGGGUGCAUCUACCAAGCUGUCUACACAUCUUUGCUCCAAAAUGGGAAAAUCAUGGAUUCGUUAUGCCUCUUGGUGUUUUAAUCAGGCUGGAAACUCUCUCUUUAAGCCACAUGCACCUUUUCUGCGUUCAUGUUCUUUUCCUUCUAUUCUUGUCCCUGAAAUUCUGCCUCAAAGGUUCAAUUUGACAGAAGAUGAGAGAAUAAGAGUUGAAUAUGUGAUUCUGCAGUAUUUUCAGAAAGAGGGUCACAUGUCAGGUUUAAAUGAUGAAAAGGAAGAGUUGAAUCUUUGGCUUGAUGACUACUCUAUGAAGUUAUUGGUGCAGCAAGUCAUGGACACGAUUGAAGUUGCAGCUGGGGCACCAGGUGCGGAGAGCGCUAGUAGUGAAUCCCUUCUUACCAGAGUAGCUUCUCAGUUGCAUAGUUUAUUUGUACGAGCACACUCUGGGGUAGAAGAAACAACCAUAUCAUCUACCAUUGAUGAUUUAGUUAAGAUUUGGUGGUCUUUGAGGAGGAGAAGAGUUUCUCUCUUUAGGCAUGCAGCACAUGGUUUCAUUAAGUACCUUACAUAUUCCUCUGCUAAGCUUUCAGAUGGUCAGUUGGCUGGUUUUGAUGAUGAGCCAUUAAAACAAAAGGCUGGAAGCUACACACUGAGGGCUUCUUUGUAUGUCCUACACAUCAUUCUUAAUUAUGGAGUGGAGUUAAAAGAUGAACUUGAACCUGUCCUUUCAACAAUGCCUUUGUUUCCAUGGCAGGAAGUAACUCCUCAGUUGUUUGCUCGACUAAGUUCUCACCCUGAGCAAGUGGUCCGGAAGCAGCUGGAACACUUACUAAUGAUGCUGGCCAAGCUGUCUCCAUGGUCCAUAGUGUACCCAACACUGGUUGAUGUAGAUGCAUCUGAAGGAAAGCCUUCAGAGGAGCUUCAGCACAUAAUGGGCUGUUUGAGAGAUCGUCACCCAAGAUUAAUUCAGGAUGUCCAACUGUUGAUAAAUGAGCUUGGAAAUGUUACUGUUCUUUGGGAGGAACUAUGGCUUAGCACUCUUCAAGAUCUUCAUGCAGAUGUGAUGAGACGCAUAAAUGUGCUAAAAGAAGAAGCUGCACGGAUUACCGAGAAUUCAUCUCUUAGUGAGAGUGAGAAGAGUAAGAUAAGUGCUGCUAAAUAUUCAGCUAUGAUGGCUCCCAUCAUUGUGGCCUUGGAACGCCGUCUAGCUUCAACUUCUCGCAAACCCGAGACACCUCAUGAAAUAUGGUUUUACGAAGAGUACAGAGAAAAACUAAAAACAGCCAUCUCAACUUUUAGGACUCCCCCAGUUUCUGCUGCCAUGCUUGGAGAAGUGUGGCGACUAUUUGACGACAUUGCUGCAUCUUUGGCAUCUCAUCAGAGGAAAUCGACAAUUUCUUUAGAAGAAGUUGCACCACAACUUGCCUUGUUAUCAUUUUCUGAUGUUCCAAUGCCUGGUCUUGAGAAGCAGGUAACAGAAUCGGAGUCGGACAUAGAUCGCUCUACAACUUUGCCAGGAAUUGCGACAAUUGCUUCUUUCGCUGAGCAGGUGAUGAUCUUAUCAACCAAGACAAGACCUAAGAAGCUUGUCAUGUUGGGGUCAGAUGGUCAGAGAUACACAUAUCUUCUGAAAGGGCGAGAAGAUCUACGUCUUGAUGCAAGAAUCAUGCAGCUUUUGCAAGCUAUUAAUGGUUUUAUGCAUUCAUCUGCUGCCACACGUAGUCAUUUUCUUGGAAUUCGCUAUUAUUCUGUGACUCCAAUAAGUGGUCGGGCUGGUCUUAUUCAAUGGGUGGAUAAUGUAAUAAGUAUAUACAGUGUCUUUAAGUCUUGGCAACACCGUGCACAUCUAGCACAGCUCUCAGUAGUGGGAGCAGGCAGUACAAAAAAUUCAGUUCCUCUUCCUGUACCUCGACCAAGUGAUAUGUUUUAUGGUAAAAUUAUCCCAGCACUCAAAGAGAAAGGCAUAAGGAGAGUAGUUUCGCGAAGAGACUGGCCUCAUGAUGUAAAGCGCAAAGUUCUUCUGGACCUUAUGAAGGAGGUUCCUAGACAGCUGCUUCAUCAAGAACUUUGGUGCGCUAGUGAAGGAUUUAAAGGAUUCAGCUCAAAAUUGAAGAGGUAUUCUGGAACUCUUGCUGCCAUGAGCAUGGUGGGUCACAUUCUUGGUCUUGGAGAUAGGCAUUUGGAUAACAUUCUCGUGGAUUUCAGCAGUGGUGAUAUCGUGCAUAUUGAUUACAAUGUUUGCUUUGACAAAGGGAAACGAUUAAAGGUACCAGAGAUUGUUCCAUUUCGUCUUACCCAGACAAUUGAAGAGGCUUUAGGAUUGACUGGAAUAGAAGGUACCUUCAAAGCAAACUGUGAAGCAGUUAUUGGUGCUCUGAGGAAGAACAAGGACAUUAUCUUGAUGUUGCUGGAGGUGUUUGUUUGGGAUCCACUUAUCGAGUGGACACGAGGAGACUUUCAUGAUGAUGCUGCUAUUGGUGGUGAAGAAAGAAAGGGCAUGGAGUUGGCAGUUAGCUUGAGUUUAUUUGCAUCUAGAGUGCAAGAAAUUCGUGUUCCCUUGCAGGAACAUCAUGAUCUCUUAUUGGCUACCUUACCAGCUGUUGAAUCUGCUCUUGAGAGAUUUGCUGAUGUUCUGAACCAAUAUGAAUGCGUCUCUGCUGUUUUUCAUCAAGCCAACCAAGAACGAUCUAAUCUUAUUCUGCAUGAGUCAUCCGCAAAGUCCAUUGUUGCUGAAGCAACUUGUAAUUCGGAGGAAAUACGUGCAUCGUUUGAAAUCCAGGCUCAAGAAUUCGCCCAAGCAAAGACUCUAGUAGCUGAGAAGGCUCGGGAAGCAACAACAUGGACGGAGCAACAUGGAAGGAUACUUGAUGCUUUACGAAGCAAUUCACUUCCAGAACUGACUUCCUGCAUAAAGUUCUGUAGUAUGGCAGAUGCUCUGUCUCUUACAUCAGCUGUUUCGGUAGCAGGGGUCCCAUUGACUAUAGUUCCUGAGCCAACACAAGCACAAUGCCAGGAAAUAGAUAGAGAAGUUUCUCGAACAAUCGAAGAGAUGGAUCAUGGAAUUUCUUCUGCUUUAACUGCUGUCGAAGCAUAUUCGUUGGCUUUGCAAAGAUUCCUCCCUCUAAAUUAUCUUACAACUAGUCCAGCACAUGGCUGGGCACAAGUACUGCAACUAUGUGCUAAUGGCCCGACCUCUGAGAUCCUCUCUUUUUCCAGAAGACAGGCUGCUGAAAUUCUUAUGAAAGUUCAUGGGGAUGAUGUUGAUUCUAUCAAAUGUAGUUACGACGAUCUUUGUCUUAAAAUGGAAAACUACGCCUUGAAAAUAGAGUUAGUUGAGGAAGAGUGCACUGAAUUAAUGAACUCUAUUGGCUUCGACAAUGAAUCAAAAGCUAAAGAUCGUCUUCUUGCUUCCUUUAUGAAAUACAUGCAGUCUGCAUGUCUUGUAAGGAAAGAAGGUCUUAAUUUUGCUGAUCUAUCAGGACAAUCUAGAUAUGACGUAACAAAUGAUCUCAGUUUGCAAGGAGAGGUGGAAGAUAGGAAGGAGAAGGUGCUCUAUGUGUUAAAUAUAGCAGUGGCUUCCUUGUAUAAUGAGGUAAAGAGUGGGGUACUUGGCAUAUUUGGUGAUUCUGCUGGAAAAAGAAGUACAAAUGAUAGAUUAAAACAUGAUUUUGAAGCUAUUUUCCAUGAGUUUGAAGAACAAGUAGAAAAAUGUGUACUUUUAGCUGGGUUUGUUAAUGAGUUACAGCAAAAAAAUUUCGGGGAUAUACGUUAUGUUGAUACAGAUACUAGCAGAGAAAAAUAUUAUUCUGAAAGAAAUUGGACUUCCAUUUUCAAAACCGGUUUAGAGUCCUGUAAGAUAUUGAUUGAGCAAAUGACUGAAGUUGUUUUACUGGACGUCUUGAGAUCUGCUGUUUCUUUCAAUUCGAAAGUUAUGGAUGCAUUUGGAUUAAUAUCUCAAAUUCGAGGGUCUAUUGAUACAGCAUUGGAGCAGGUCGUUGAGGUUGAACUGGAGAAGGAGUCAUUGGUUGAACUGGAACAGAACUACUUUGUUAAGGUUGGGUUCGUCACUGAGCAACAAUUGGCUCUUGAAGAAGCUGCUGUGAAGGGCAGGGAUCAUCUCUCUUGGGAAGAGGCAGAGGAGAUUGCCUCCCAAGAAGAAGCUUGUAGGGCUCAACUGGAGGAACUCCAUCAAACUUGGAGCCAAAGGGACAUGCGCACUGCUUCUAUCAGAAAGAGAGAAGCUGAUAUUAAAAGUUCCUUGGCUUUUCCAGAGCGCCAUUUAUAUUCUGUGCUGAGUGCUGCAGAGGAGAAGGAACCACAUGUUCACAGAAGCAAAGCACUGCUAGCGAUGCUAGUUAAGCCCUUUGCUGAAUUAGAAUCCUUUGACAAAGCAUUAUCCAUGUUUGGUAGUUUUGUUUCUUCAGACGAGAUGUCCAAGUUGUCAGGUCUUCUGAAUUCCGGGUACUCAUUAUCAAAAAAUAUCUGGAAGUUUGGUGGCUUAUUGAACAUUAACGCUUUCUUUAUUUGGAAAGUGGGCAUCGUCGAUUGUUUUUUUGGUUCUUGUGUACAUGAUAUAGCUUCAUCUAUGGAUCAAAAUUUAGGUUUUGAGCAACUUUUCAAUCUUGUAAAGAAUAAGCUUAAGACCGAACUGCAGGAACGCAUUGGUCAAUAUCUGAAAGAUCGAGUUGUUCCAGCUAUGUUGGCCUGCUUAGAUAAAGAAAAUGAUCGCUUGAAGAAAUUGACGGACGCAACAAAAGAACUUGCUCUUGAUCAUGGGAAAAAGGAUUUUGGGGCUGUGAGAAGGGUUCAGCUAAUGCUUGAAGAAUACUGCAAUGCUCAUGAAACUGCUAGAGCUGCAAGGUCUGCAGCUUCACUUAUGAAAAGGCAGGUGAAUGAGCUUAGAGAGGCUCUUCGCAAGACUAGCCUUGAGAUUUUCCAGAUGGAAUGGGUGUAUAAUUUUACCUUGACUCCUGCAAGUAACACCAGAGUGACAAUUCAGAAGUUCCUUUCUAGUGAGGAUAACUUGUAUCCCAUUAUCCUUAAUCUGAGCAGGCCAAAAUUGUUGGAAAGUAUGCAAUCUGCUGUAUCAAAAAUAGCUAGAUCAGUGGACUGCCUGCAAGCAUGUGAACAAUCUUCCCUUGCAGCAGAAGGGCAGCUUGAGAGAGCAAUGGGGUGGGCUUGUGGUGGCCCAAGUUCCAGUAUGAGUGGAAAUAAUUCAAACAAAACUUCAGGAAUUCCUCCCGCAUUCCAUGACCAUCUGAUGAGGCGGCGACAGUUCCUAUGGGAAGCUGUGGAAAAGGCAUCAGAUGUCAUUAAAAUUUGCAUGUCAUUAUUGGAAUUUGAGGCAUCAAGAGAUGGAAAUUUUCCGAUCCGAGGAGAUCCUUAUCCAUUGGAGAGUGAUGGUAGGACAUGGCAGCAAGCAUACAUGAAUGCUCUGGCAAAAUUGGAAGUCACUUAUCAUUCGUUUACACGGACUGAACAAGAAUGGAAGCUUGUACAAAACAGCAUGGAUGCUGCUUCUAAUGGCUUAUGUACUGCGACUAGUGAGCUUUCUGUCGCAUCUCGUAAAGCAAAAUCAGCUUCAGGUGAUCUGCAAAGCACCGUUCUAGCAAUGAGGGAUUGUGCAUACGAAACCAGCAUUGCUCUCUCAGCCUUCAGUCAUGUGUCAAGAGCCCACACCGCAUUGACUUCUGAAUCAGGUUCCAUGUUAGAAGAGGUUCUGGCAAUAACUGAAGAUCUGCAUGAUGUUUAUAGUUUGAGAAAAGAAGCAGACAUUGUCCAUCAUUCUCUUAUGGAAGAUCUAUCAAAGGUAAACACAAUCCUUCUUCCUCUUGAAUCAGUAUUAUCGAAGGAUGUUACUGCUAUGACUGAUGCUAUGACAAGAGAAAGAGAGACAGGGAUGGAAGUAUCUCCGAUUCAUGGGCAGGCUAUACACCAGUCAUAUUGUUCAAGAAUUAGGGAGGCUUUACAAGCGUUUAAGCCCUUGGUGCCAUCACUAACAUUGUCUGUGAAGGGACUAUAUUCGAUGUUGACCCAGCUUGCACGAACUGCAAGUCUGCAUGCUGGCAAUCUUCAUAAAGCUCUUGAGGGACUAGGAGAAAUUCCCAAUGUAAAAUCACAAGGAAAUAGUUUGUCCAGGUCAGUAGUUACUUCCCCUGCUACUGAACUCGAUAACAGAGGGGCCGAGAGCACCUCCAGAUAUGAUAGCAGUAGCAACAAGGAUUUUAUUGGUACUGGACUCUCCCUGCAAGAUAAAGAAUGGGUAUCUCCACCAGAUAGCAUCUACAGUGGCAGCUCAGAAUCUGGUUUUACACCAGUUGAAGCAAGUCUUCCAGACAGCUUCAACAACACAUCAGAAGUACUGGAACAACUUUCACAUGGAUCAAUUAAGAGGGCAAUAGCGGAUACCCCAAAUUAUGUCCCAUCUUCCCAAACUGAUUUUCAAGAAAUAUUGCACAGUGGGCAGUCCAUAGACUUGAAAUUUGAUGAUUCUGGUUCUGUCAAGUCAACAACUGAAGAGCCAAACGAAUACUUGAAGGCUGUUACAUCAUUUAGUGGUGAAGCUGUAAUUGUUCCUACUGAUUCUUCGCAACCUCAAGGUCAAGAAAACUCAGAGGCAGUGAAUGAAGGCAAAAAUGAUAAAUCUUCAACAAACAAAGUUGAGGUUGAAGAUGAAUAUGGUCAAGCUUCUCUUCGUAAUUCACAUGCUGGUAGCCGUGUGGGUAAAGGUAAAAAUGCUUAUGCAAUGUCAGUUCUGAGGCAAGUUGAGACGAAAUUGGAUGGUCGAGAUAUUGCUGAGAACAGAGAAGUUAGUAUUGCAGAGCAAGUGGAUUAUCUACUUAAGCAGGCAAUGAGUAUAGACAAUCUUUGCAACAUGUAUGAAGGUUGGACUCCAUGGAUUUGAACUUCUCAAGACUCUGCAUUGUGGGUGAAAGGUGGUCUAAGGUGAGAUACACUGUUCAAGAUUGCUUGAUAUUAGAACAUUGACUGACAACCUUCUCGAUGGAUUUGAUCUUUCAAGCCUGUGCACUGUUAGAACAAGCAGUGGUAAUAAGAGAGAAGAUACACCAUUCAAGCAUCUUGUUGGUACAUAAUUGUUGCCCUGAAUGGAUGCACUUGUGUCUUGGGAAGGAAGCUUCCAGAGACUUCCUGCUAAAAAGCCUUGUUAUUCGGCUUCAAAGACCGUGUUUGCCUGUUAUGAGCCAUUACCAUUUUGACCAAGGAAUUUGCUAUGAUUUGUUAUGCACCAGCACCACUUUAAAAGAUGAGAAAGAGAUGAUCCAGUGAGCUUUGGUCUAUCCCCUGCGUUUCAAGGAUCAGUGAUUGGGGCAGAGAGAACACUAAAAGCCUGGCUGAGAUAUAUUUCUUCUUGGAAACCAAGGCUUUAUACAUCAGUAAUUGUGUUGAGGGUUAAUGAUUACUCUUUUUCAACCACGCAAUAUGUUUCUCCAUUGCCCUUCCUGGUUCAAAGCCUUGUGAAGGCAUGUAAACCUACUGACCCAGUUUGAGCACCACAGUGUUCAUUUUAGGAGGACGAGUCACAUUUUUGUUCGAAGACAGCGAUCCGGAAGUGAAUUUUCAAACAGUAGUCGUGUACCGGAGUUUUACUGGCCAUAGUGAAUAGCAAAUAAAUACAAUCCGAAGAUGGUUCGAUAUCUCAUAAUGUAAUGUAGUUUUCUAUGUAGUUAUGUUUAAACUGCAUGGGGUAAUGCAGAGCUAUUUUUUUUUUCCUAAUGCAUGUAUUUUAUCUGGCUCUGAUAGUUGGAGCAGUUGAUGUUACUCUCAUAUGGUUUGUAGUAGUAGUAGUGUACUACAAGAAUAUCCUGUGUGUUUUGAUUAUUGUUGUACUGUACACUACAUUGUAAUAAAUGGGUCAGUUUUAAUAUGAAAUGAGUCUGCAUUACCUUUGAUGAA